GCUGAGGCUACAAGGUCCUGGCAGAGGUCUGUUUGGAGCAGCAGUGGGAUGACACCGUGGCUCAGGUCUUCCUGCUGAACCACUCAUCAGCAUCCCCAACACGUCCUGUUGGCUUUGAAGCUGUCACAUCCGGACUCCAUGCACAGGGGGAAAGGGGACUACAAAGAAUCCAGAGAGUGGUGUUAAUGCAAAGUGCUGCAUCUUGACCUGUGGAGGCUAAACUCUCUUGUGCAUAAUAAUAAUGCUAUAAUGCUAUAAUGGCACUGGGACCUUCUACCCAAAGGAGCAAUUAUUUACUUGCAGGUAUUCAGAGCUCGCCAAUUGAGAACUGGUUUACCUCCCAGGAAUGACUAUUUGAAGCCUGCAGAUUCACUUAUAGUUUCCCCUUCAGUGUCUUUACAACUUCUUGAAUGCAAGCUGAAAAAAAGAAGAAGCUGGUGACGACUCCCUGUUUGUGAUCACAAAGUGUGUUCUUGCUCCCAUUCAUACACCUGCUUUAAGCUCCCCCGUUGGGUGUCCUGCUAAAAUGAACACAGAGUGGGGUGAGAAAUCCUCUGCGGACCUCAUGAGCAAGUAUGUCUCCAAGGACAUGGGAUGUGGAGUGCCCAAGGAGGGUUGGCGGAUCUGUCUGGCUCAUGAGUUCAAGGAGAAGAGAAAGCCCUUUCAGGCAAAAGAUGUCUCGCUGUCCAAUGUUUUGGAGCACGUCGGGCUUGGAAUCAGGUAUCUAAAAUGGUGGUACAAGAAGACCCAGGUGGAAAAGAAAGCUCCAUUCAUUGAUAUGUUUGGUGCCCAACCCUUACGUCAAAUAUACGGAGCUCCACUUGGCGGCAUUGGGGGAGGAACCAUCACGAGAGGCUGGAGGGGGGAAUUCUGCAGAUGGCAGCUUAACCCUGGAAUGUACCACUACAAAACCGUCACAGCAAACCAGUUCACAGUGUGUUUGCGUCGCGGGGGGCAGACGGUUUACCAGCAGGUGUUGUCCGUGGAGCGUCCUCCCACACUACAGGGCUGGAACUGGGGCUACUGCGGAGAGUACGCCUUCUAUCACGCCUUGUACCCCCGAGCCUGGACCGUCUACCACCUGCCGGGACAGAACGUCACAUUAACCUGCAGACAGGUUUCCCCCGUCAUCCCCCAUGACUACCAGGACUCCAGUCUCCCAGUGGCAGUAUUUGUGUGGGACAUAGAGAACAACAACGACUACGCUCUGGAUGUCUCCAUCAUGUUCACCAUGGUCAACGGGUCGGGGCACAAGGACGACAAGAGCGGGGGUCACUGGAACGAACCAUUCCACCUGGAGAAGGAGGGGGAGGCGGUGUCUGGGGUCUUGCUCCAUCACCGCUCUGCAGUGAACCCUUACACUCUGUGCAUCGCAGCCCGAGAACAGCCGAACAGGGAGGUCAGUCACCAGACGGCGUUCAGUCCAAAGGGAACCUGCAGCGGCCUGUGGAGCGACCUCAUCACUGACGGACGUCUGGACUCUCCCACAGGAUCCAGCCCGCCGACACCCAAGGGAGAGAAGGUGGCAGCAGCGUUGGCUGUGGGCUGCUCAGUGCCGGCUCAGAGCCAGAACAGCCUGGAGUUCUGCCUGGCCUGGGACAUGCCCACCAUCACCUUCGGCUCCAGGGAGAGGGAACACUUAAGGCGAUACACUCGUUACUUCGGGAGCAAAGGGGAUGCGUCCCCCUCGCUCAGUCACUACGCCCUCACACACUACAGACAGUGGGAGAAGAGCAUUGACGAGUGGCAGAGACCCAUACUGCAGGACAGCUCUCUCCCCUCCUGGUAUAAGUCAGCCCUGUUUAACGAGCUGUACUUCGUGGUGGAUGGAGGGACGGUGUGGACGGAGCUCCCGGAGGACGCUGAUGUCAGUGGUGGCGUGCGGAGCGAGGACGGGGGGCUGCCAGCUCAGCCCGCUGUCAUCAAGGAGUUUGGCCGUUUCGCCUACCUAGAAGGUCAGGAGUACAGAAUGUACAACACAUACGAUGUCCACUUCUACGCCUCCUUUGCUCUUAUCAUGCUGUGGCCCAAGCUUGCCUUGAGUGUGCAAUAUGAUAUUGCUGGCAGUGUGGUUCAGCAGGACCCAACAGAGAGGCUCCACCUGAUGAGUGGGCGGUAUUCUCCAGCAAAGGCCAAAAAUGUGGUGCCUCACGACAUAGGAGACCCGGAUGAUGAGCCAUGGCAGAGGGUGAAUGCCUACCUCAUCCACGACACUGCAGACUGGAAGGACCUGAACCUGAAGUUUGUCCUGCAGGUUUACAGGGACUUUCAUCUCACCCAGGACAGCCAGUACCUGCAGGACAUGUGGCCGGUCUGCCAGGCGGUGAUGGAGUCAGAGAUGAAGUUCGACCUGGAUGGAGACGGGCUGAUAGAGAACUCUGGAUAUGCAGACCAGACCUACGACGGGUGGACAGUGACCGGACCGAGUGCGUACUGUGGAGGACUGUGGUUGGCGUCCCUGUGUGUGAUGUGUAAAAUGGCCAGACUGGUGGAGAACGAGGAGUCAUACAAACAUUACAGGGACAUCUUGGACAGGGGGAGUGCUGCUUUUGACAAACUGCUGUGGAACGGCAAGUACUACAACUACGACAGCAGUGGAAGAGACCUUUCUAACAGUGUCAUGUCUGACCAGUGUGCUGGCCACUGGUUCCUGAGAGCGUCCGGACUGGGAGAGGGAGAGUACAAGGCUUUUCCAAAAGAAAAGAUCCAGAGCGCACUGAAAUCUGUCUUUGACUUGAAUGUAAUGAGCUUCGCCGGAGGCCAGAUGGGGGCAGUUAACGGCAUGCGUCCUGAAGGAGUCCCCGACCGCUCCAGCGUCCAAUCGGAUGAAGUCUGGAUUGGAGUAGUGUAUGGACUGGCAGCCACUAUGAUCCACGAGGGGAUGCGGGAGGAGGGCAUGCGCACGGCGGAGGGUUGCUACCGAACGGUGUGGGAGAGGCUGGGCAUGGCCUUCCAGACUCCUGAAGCCUACUGCGAGAAGGGCAUCUACCGCUCUCUGGCCUACAUGAGGCCUCUGAGCGUCUGGGCCAUGCAGCUGGCACUGAACACUUCUCAGAAGGAUCCGACCACAUCGGCUCAAACUGGAGCUGCAGACGGAGCGCAGUGACAGGAUUUGAGAGAAAAUGAGAGCUAGGACUUGAGACAUUCCACUGGUGGGAUUAGAAAAGUGCAAGUUCUUCUGAAAAUGGCAUCCGAACUCUCCUGCAGCCACCACCAUCAUCUGCACUCCCACCCUGCAGGGCUCUGUUUGAUUGUUUACCUUGAAUUGAAUUCUCUACAGGUUGUUUUGCUUCAGAUGUUUGAGGCUCGAGGUCAAAACUGACAACUGACAGUGAUAACUAAAGAUCAUUAUAUUGUUUGGUGAGGAGUUGAGUUGAGGAGUGAGAGACUUAAAAUGGUUUCUGAUUUGUUUUCUUUGUUGUAAAGUUGUGCUGUGUAGGGUGCUAACCGGGCAAUGUCAAAAUCAUAGCCAGUAUGUUUUGCUAUUUAAAAACUGACCUUGUGUUUCAGCAACAUAUUGCACACAUGUACACAUAUAUGAAAGCACUACAUUUCACAUCAUGUCAAUAAUAAUUCUGUCAUACUUGGAACAAGUUUAUAUGCUAAAUAUUUGGGGGCUUUUUUGUGUUAUUAGACCAGCCACAUGUAGUCAUUAUUGUCUUUUGACAGCUGAUGACAUCACAGGGCCUUUGAAUGGAUCAAACCAGAUUUAAAAGAUUUCUAUAUCAGAAAUAUAGACUCUUGAAAGAAAAGUCAAUUUGAGGAUUUUCCUCCUCGUACACUGAAUGCUAAGUGAUGUGAUAUACGAUGAAUAGUGUUGGAAAUUGAGUAUGACUUUUUUUUAAUUUCAUUUUUUUAAUAGCAUUUGGUGCCUUGUUGCAUGUUGGCCAUAUCUACAGUAUAUUAAUGUAGCGGCAACAUUUACUAUGUUUUAUAAAAUCCAAUACUCAUGACAAUCAUGCUGAAUAAAUGACUGAAUAAGAUAAAAAAGCAGGAUCAUGUGUUGUUAAUUAAAUGUAUAUGGAAAAAAUGACAGUGGUUAUGAAACACAAAUGAUAAGCUGCAUGAGGUGAUGAAUCUCAAAUCUAC